AUUACACACUUUGAAAAUAAACUAAGGGCGCCAAGUUUGAAGCAAAUAAUAACAAUGGCUUCAACACAAUCACAAUCCCUACAAGGUCUAAUUUCCAAAACAAACUUUCCAUCACUUCCAAUAAAUAAACCAAUAUUGCACAAUACAAAUUUCAAGAUUUCAUUCCCAUUUCCCUCUAGAAAAUCUUUACCACGCGUCGAAUCUUCCAGCACUGUAAAGUACAAUGAAGUUGUGGUGGAUGAAGAAAUGGAUAAAAUUAGAAGACUGCAAAAUGGCUCGGAUGUUCGUGGGGUGGCUCUAGAAGGCGAAAAGGGGAGGACGGUCGACCUAACGCCUCCCGCCGUGGAGGCGAUCGCAGAGAGUUUUGGUGAAUGGGUUGUGGAGAGAUUGGAGAAGGAGAAAACAAAUGGAAGUGUGGAAAAUGUUAGGGUGUCACUUGGACGUGACCCUAGAAUUUCAGGUGCAUCCUUAAGUGCUGCUGUUUUUGCUGGUCUUGCUCGUGCUGGUUGUCUGGCUUUUGAUAUGGGGCUUGCAACUACACCGGCUUGCUUCAUGAGUACAUUGUUGCCUCCAUUUAUGUAUGAUGCUUCCAUAAUGAUGACAGCUUCUCAUUUGCCAUACACCCGGAAUGGUCUGAAAUUUUUCACCAAGAAUGGAGGCCUGACAUCGCUGGAUGUGGAGGAAAUAUGCUACAGAGCCGCCCGGAAAUAUGCUAAUAGACUUGCAAAAGUGUCAACUGCUCUACGGAAUCCACCAAAAAGAGUGGAUUUCAUGAGCACUUAUGCAAAACACCUCAGAGAUAUCAUCAAGGAAAGAGUUAAUCAUCCCUUGCAUUAUGACACUCCUCUCCAAGGAUUUCAGAUAAUUGUGAAUGCUGGAAAUGGAUCAGGAGGGUUCUUUACAUACGAUGUCUUAGACAGGCUAGGAGCAGACACAUUCGGUUCUCUACACCUCAAUCCAGAUGGAAUGUUCCCUAACCACAUUCCUAACCCUGAGGACAAAACUGCCAUGGCCUUAACAAGGGCUGCAGUUCUUGAAAACAAAGCUGAUCUUGGCAUAGUUUUCGACACCGAUGUUGAUCGAAGCGGCGUCGUUGACAGCUCUGGCAACCCCAUAAAUGGUGACAAACUCAUAGCACUGAUGUCUGCCAUUGUCCUGAAAGAGCAUCCUGGAACUACAAUUGUGACUGAUGCACGUACAAGCAUGGCCCUGACUAGAUUCAUCACUGACAGAGGAGGUCAGCAUUGCCUGUAUCGAGUUGGAUAUAGAAAUGUGAUUGAUAAAGGAGUUCAGCUUAAUAAGGAUGGGAUGGAGACUCAUCUGAUGAUGGAAAUUACUGGCCAUGGUGCUCUCAAAGAAAACCAUUUCCUUGAUGAUGGUGCUUAUAUGGUUGUGAAGAUCAUCAUUGAGAUGGUAAGAAUGAAGCUUGAGGGCUCAGGUGAUGGAAUAGGUAGUCUUAUUAAAGAUCUUGAAGGGCCCCUGGAAUCAGCAGAGCUUAGGAUGAAUGUCAUUUCUGAGCCAAGGUUUGCAAAAGCCAAAGCCAUUGAGGCCAUUGAAACAUUCAGAAACUACGUUGAGGAAGGUCAGUUGCCAGGCUGGGAUUUAGACUCUUGUGGAGAGUGUUGGGUAAGUGAUGGCUGCCUUGUGGACACCAACGACACUCCAGCAGCUGUUGAUGCUCACAUGUACAGGGCCAAAGUUUCUGACAAGGACAAUGCAGAACUUGGAUGGGUACACCUUAGACAGAGCAUUCACAAUCCAAAUAUAGCUGUGAAUUUGCAAUCCAACGUACCAGGAGGUUGCCAAUUGAUGUCAAGAGACCUCAGGGACAAGUUUCUUUUGGCAAGUGGGAUGGAUAGAAUUCUCGAUAUCAGUCAGAUUGACAAGUAUGCCAGAAGCGGAAGUGUUUGAUGAUAUGCAAAGCCUUGUGGAAAAAUCAAGCAUAGAUGUAUAGUAGAUAGUAUACAUAUAGAAGCAUAGAUGUAUAGUAUAUAGUAUACAUAUAGAAUAUUAGACCCGUGAAUUGUACCUACUUGUACAGUACGAACCCUUUUAUUGUAACAUUCAUAUACUUUUGAUCACUCAUUCAGUAACCAUACCAAUUAUUGUAAACAUUGACAAUUUGAGAUGGAAAACUCAACUUGGCCAUGCCAAGGGUAAUUCAUGCA